CUUUUCUUUCUGUUGGUUGUCGGGGUAUACGUUCAGAAUGGACCCGAAGUGUAAGAUCUCGGCCAUGGACUCGGCCAUUGCGGAUAUGUCCAACGAGGACUCGUUCUCGACGGUAGCGGGUACUCCAAGUGACGAUACUACCUCACUUACACAGGAAUCCACUCCAGUCGAACAGCAGGAACCUGCUCUAGUCGCACAGCAAUUACUUGCAGCAGUUCUACGGCAAGAAGACGAAGCCUCGACAAGAGCGGACAACCUGAGUGACAACCCUACGACAGUCACUCAGAUACAAGAUGCGGCAACCUCACAACCAGCGAAACGGCGUAGAAGCAGCUUCCUAGCACCGCCAGGGUUUGACUUUGGUGAUUUUGGAACGGCUGCCUCCCAGCGAACUCGCAGAGCAGCAGCUCGAAAGACAAUUCCGCCGCCAGGACCGCAGGAAUCGCAGGAACCGCCACAGAAGCGCAGAAGAACAGGAAGCAAGAAAGCCACUAUCAAUGAGUCUCAUGAUUUGCCCACCGAGGAAACAAGUGCGGCUCCAGUCAACGAGGUAUCGCCGCCAUUGGAUGCUCAUGAGGUGAAAGCAAGCCCUCCAGAGCGCGAGAAAACGCCUCAGCGAGAUCAGGCAGCUGCGGCGCUGCCUACACCUCCGCAAACGCUGAACAAAGCCGAUACGCAGACCAUUGCACAGUCAUUGCUGCGCAGAUCUGCUCGCGAGCGACUCCCUACAAAACGCUACCAAGAGUCGUCAAAUGAAGAAGUGACGCCCUGCAAAAAGAGAACCAGAACAAGUGUGGUGUCUGCUGGAAGUCGCAAUGAGAGCUUGUCAGCAACGAGGAAUCGCAAAAGCCGCGUUGUACGCUUGAGAGUAGGCUCUAACCAGGAGUCCAGCCAGUCGAUGUCCUUGACAGAGUCGUUCAGCCAUCGACAGAAGCGUGGGGACUCCAAAGGUUCUCAGAUCUAUCAAAGUCAGAAUCAGAGCGUUGCAGGAAUUGGCAGCUUCCAAGACCACAGCCCGGAAGUGUGUGCACAACCGCAGUCGUCUCCAAUAUUAGCAGAUAGUCAGGAGCUGUACUCUUCGCAUUCUACACACAAUGAUGACGCGACUUCACACACGACAGCUCACCUUCAAGAGCACCUCCAGACCGAAAAGAAUUUGGCAGGACAGCACUCCAGUACUUUGAUGAGACAGCGACAGAGAUCAGCUUUGACCCCCGAGGCAUCUCCUCGACAAGCUGAUGCUUCGACGUCGCAAAAGAAUGCUGGAAAAAAUAUCUCGUGGCAGACACAGCCCACGCAGCCUUGGUUCCCGUCAUGCAACGGAGCUCCUAGCGCUACAUUCCCAGCAACAGUGCCCACGCAGUCGAUUCAUGCAUCGCAAGCAACGACAAUCGACGAGGCGCCGAUCCAGCUGCUUCCAUCCACCCAGACACUGACCAAGCAGGGGCUGCACGACAUCGCCGACCAACUCCUCGCACAUCGCACUUACGGCCCGCCAAAGCCAGAGCCGGCUGGCCAGCCGUCCGUCUGGGCCGAUGCGCGAAUGGAUCUGUGCGAGACUCUGCACUACUUCCGCAGCUAUCAAGGCGCCUGCCAUUCCACCGGUGGCUUCGUCAGGGGCUUCAUGUUUGACAAAGUUGCCCAUCCCCGCGACUACACCGACAGCAAUGUCGUCAUCGCACGAGCCGGCGGCGGCCAAGUCAGGGACAAGAAUUCCGGCGAGAUGAAGGCCACUGGAGAUCAGGUUGAAGGCAUAGUCUCGCAGAACCUGAGGAACUGCAUGAAUCAUUACAAUCCAGUUGUGAUCAUCACAGGGACUGACAACCCGCACAUGCCGUCUCAGCCUCCACACCAGUACUGCGUCUUGGACCACUUCAAACCGACCCACAUCUGGACCGAGAAGAGCGGCAAAAGCAAGAUCGUGCGCUAUCGCUUUGAAAAACUCAACGCGAAGAAGGAUUCGUGGUGGCAGGCGAAAGACACUGAGGAUCCUGUCGAACUUGGCUCACUCCCACCGCCGGUCAGCAAGGCCUGCGGCACCUGUGCGCGCGAGUCUCUGCAGAUCUAUCUCAAUGGCUGGAUGUGUCUGCAGCCGACCUGCGGCUCCUUCUGGCUCAUCCUGCCGUCUGGGUCUGACUACCGCCGCGGCAGCACGCCCUUCGAGCCCGACGAAGCAUCGCUGACCUACGACCCGCGCUUCCUCAAAGCCCACACCCCCUGGCCCAACGACGACCACACCUACCCCCUGACCUCCACCGACGCAGCCACCUCCGCCCACGCCGUCCCCGGCGAAGACACUUCCGAGGCCUUCACCCGCGGCGUCGUCUGCCCGCGCUGUGGCCGCUGCACCUCGCGGCUGUCCUGGACCGGCUGGGAGUGCACCUGCGGCUGGACCAAGUCGCCUCCACACACCCUCAUCCCCGCGCUCUCCACGCGCGAACCCCUCUGGCCGCUCUCCAACGCGUACACGCCGUCGCGUGACACGCACUCGCCGCUGGUAACCGUCUCCGUCUCCUUCGCCCACGGCUACCGCAUCAACCGCUACGCGCUCCCCGGCAUCGACGGCUUCGUCACGCACAUGAUCGCCAACGCGCGCGUCGCCGCCGAGCCCCACGGCCCGGACGCCAUGUUCGAGGCGCUGCAGGCGCAAGACAUCGGGCUGCGGCGCCGCGCAAUGGACGGCGCGAUGCUCAAGGGCGGGAUCUACACGCGCCACUUCUGCGUCAACUACGGGAUGCCGUACAAGUUCAUCGCGGCCACCGAGUCCCACCCGUUCCCGCCGCACCCGCACCCCGUCUCCACGGCGCGCGCCAGACUCGACUGGGCCGCGCGGUUCCUGCUGGCGCGCGAGCCCCCACCCGAAGACGCAGCGGCCUCGCCCCCCUCGUCUCCACCCUCGUCAACCCCGCCCGGGCCCCCCUCCCCCCUCGCCUCCUACACCGCCCACUCCUUCAACGAGGUCCUCGCCCUCGGCUACUUCGAAACCCAGCGCAUCUCGUACCACGACGACGGCGAAUCCGCACUCGGCCCCACCAUCGCCACCCUCUCCCUCGGCGCCCCGGGCACCAUGCGCAUCCGGCUGAAAUCCAAGCACCACCUCGGCGUCUCCAGCGCGGGCGUCUACACCGACGCGCCGCCGCUGCCGGGCUGCGUUGCGCACGCCGCGCGCGCCGCGCUGGGCCCCGAGUUAGCCGCGCUGCGCGCCGGGCCGGGGAAGCAGUACAGAGCUCGGCUGAAGCAGAUUCCAACGGAGCUGGGGCUCAAGGCGGGCGGGUCUGCGCGCAAUGCACUGGUGCUCAGGGUCGCGCAUGGGGAUGUCGUGCUCAUGCAGGGCGAGGAGGUGCAGCGGUUCUAUGAGCAUGCGGUGGAGCAUCAGGGGAAGUUGCGGUUUGCGCUGACGUGUCGGUAUAUCGACGGGGGGGAGGGGGGGGAGUCCGGGUGUGAGAUUGGGGGUGUGCGGGAUGGGGAGGGAGAGGGGGGGUAUGAUGGUGCGAUGCUUGGGGAGGAAGAGUUAGUGCAGGGACACGAGGGGUGCAUGAAAUGGGUGGAUGAUAGAUACCUAGGAUACACGCUCCUUCAGCACAGUGCAAUCCCCGCCCCACCGUCCCUAUAUCCACACCCCCAGCCUUGCUCCUCGAAAGCCUUCUCCACCGCGUCGAGGCUAAUGCUAUUCCUCCUCAGACACCUCCAGCUUCUCCGGCCUCACGCAAUUGCCCACACAAACGCCUCAAUACUUAGCAGUGUCAACCUCAGCAAUGCCGCAUAAGACAGCCUUGAGUUCCAGCAGUUUCUGCUCCAGUCUGUCUACGCGGAGCCUGUUUUCGUCGUGCUUCUUGCGUGCUUCUUGCGUGCUUCUUCGAGCGCAGCAGUCUCGUCUGGGAUGAGGAGUUCGGUGUCGCAGGUGAGCAAGUGGUACUGCUGGUUCAUACCAUCGUUCUCGUUGGGGUUUGUUUCGCUCAUGAUUGUAACUUACGCCAUGGUGCUAGCACCCCAGGGAUCUUGCCGGCGUCAAUAGAAUGGUGGAAAGGCAGGACAGAAGGGCAGUAGAAACGCUUGAAUAUUUUGGUGGUACGUAGACGUAUAACAGAGGUCCAUGCUUGACCCUCCGAACCGCAUGCUUUCCCCGCCCACCAUCCGCUAUGCUCUCCCAUC